GAAACAUUUUUCUCCUCCACCUGAAGACAUAUUAUUCGCACGUGCAAUGGAAAUAUUCCAGACCUUUCACAGCGUUAUAUAAAAUGGCACCACACGGCCAACCAGGUGCUAGUUCCGGGCCCGGGAGGUUUCCCCCUGGAAGCAGGGGUGGUUCUAGAAGCGGCUCUAGAGGUGGCUUUAGAGGCGGUUCUAGAGGCGGUUCUAGGAGCGGUUCCAGAGGCGGUCCUAGAGGCGGUCCUAGAGGCAGUUCCAGGGGCGGUCCUAGGGGCGGUUCCAGAGGCAGCACCCGAGGUGGUGACAGAGGUGCUUCCAGGGGUGGCAGAUCCAGGGGAAACGCCGGCCCGGACCAACAGCACCGUCCCCGGUUUGAUAGUGCCAGGCUUGCGACAAACGAAGAGUUCGACGAGGAUUCAGAGGACGGGUUUGACAGUGAAGACGCUGCGUCCGACGAUGAGGCUGAUAGCUCGGAAGAUGAAGAUGAUGAGGACGGGACAGCGACUACUCGGCCUUAUCUUUCCCUCAUGCACAGCCUUGCAGAAAGUGCUCCUCCAAAGGCAAAGAGGAGAAAGUUGGAACAUUCAGCUCAUGAAGAUGAGGCUCCGCAACAAGCCCAGCAAGGGAAUGCCGAAGGAGUGGAUGACGACUCGGUCGAUCUUGUGGAAGAACCGAACGAAGAUCUUGACGAGGCUCGCCCGGAAGAGUUGUUCGACGACGAUGACGAUCUCGACGCCUCCGACCCAUUUGAGGUUCACUUUGCCAGUCCCAACGAGGGCGAGCUUGGUCAGAAGCUUAAGGCCAUUCAAGAUGGCCAGUGGCAACUGACGCGGGCGACUUCCAAUCCUUGGAGGUUGUUCAUCAACACUCCGAAGACAGGGGAAUCCGCAGAAGCAGUGUUGCCAAAACCCCUGUCUGGACCCGGAGAUCUCAACCUCAAGCAAAAACUACGAGAGGCUACGGCCUCCCAGAAACCCGAAUUCGACCCCUUGGAAGGGUUCCUAUCACCUCUCAUGUUCAAUCACCUCGACACCUUGUUUUGUGAACGGACCGUUGCGAAUUCUGCUAGUCUCAGAUGGAUGGCUUCUCUCCACGCGUUGAACCAUAUCUUCAAGACUCGCGAUCGGGUGAUAAAAGACAAUGCAAAGCUAUCAAAGGUUCAAGAAAACGACGACCUGGAGUUGCGGGAUCAAGGCUUCACACGGCCAAAGGUCUUGAUCAUCAUUCCGACUCGGCAGUCAUGUGUUAAGAUGGUCGACAUGAUUUGCCAAAUCUGCGUUCCGGAUCAGCAAGAAAACAGGAGUCGAUUUGACGAAUCGUACAUCGACAAGGACCAGAAGUUCGGGGACCAAAAACCCGCCGAUUUCAAGGACCUCUUCCAAGGAAACGACGAUGACAUGUUUCGGCUCGGGGUAAAGUUCACUCGGAAGACCAUCAAGUACUUCUCCCAGUUCUACAACUCCGACAUCAUUUUCGCCAGCCCUCUGGGCCUUCGCAUGGCCAUUGGGUCCGAGGAAGAAAAGAAGGUCGACUUUGACUUUCUGAGUUCCAUCGAGCUAGUGAUAGUCGAUCAGGCUGACGCCUUGCUUAUGCAAAACUGGGAACAUGUCGAGUACAUCUUCGAACAUCUAAACAUCCAGCCAAAGGACGCCCACGGCUGUGACUUUAGCCGCGUGAGGAACUGGUACUUGGACGACCAGGCCAAGUAUUUCAGGCAGACCAUCAUUCUCAGCGCCUUCAACACUCCUGAGUUGUCGGAACUCUUCAGGAACUACUGCAACAACUGGGCCGGCAAGGUGAGGAUCCAGAAAGAGUACCAUGGCACUCUGUUGCAGAUGCUGGGACACAAGACCAAGCAGACCUUUUCCAGGUUUGAACCGCCAUCGAUCCAGGAGGACCCGGACUCGAGAUUCGCCUACUUCACGAAGGCCGUUAUACCGACAUUGACCAAGAACCCCAAGGACAGCGCCGGGACGUUGAUCUUCAUUCCGUCCUACCUCGACUUCGUAAGGGUACGAAACUACUUUGCAAACAACUCGGCUGUCGAGAGCUUGUCGUUCGGUACCAUCUCCGAGUACGCAGACGUCCCUGAGGCCUCGAGGGCUCGCUCUCACUUCCUCAACGGGCGCCACCGCGUAUUGCUCUACACUGAGCGCGCCCACCAUUUCCGCCGCUACCGCAUCAAGGGGGUGAAGAGGGUCAUAAUGUACGGGCUCCCUGACAAUCACCUCUUCUACGAGGAGAUUGCUGGGGAGUACCUCCGGCUCAGCGAGCAGGCGUUGACGCUCGAGCCGGGCCAGGGAAGCGUCCGAGUGCUGUUCUCCAAGUACGACGUGCUCAAGUUGGAGAGGAUUGUGGGCAGCCAGAGAGUGGGCAAGAUGAUUCGUGAAAGGGGGGACACGUUUGACUUCCUCUAGUGGUACAUUUGCAUGCUUAAUACAUCCCAAUGCCCAAACGUACAUAUAUAGAAGAGAUCCUAAACUCCCAUCUA